CAGUAGCAUUAGUACUCUCAGACGCUAUUAUUUGUUAUCGUUGAUGUGGAAUAAAAAAAACUAACUACUUUGAUGGAAAGUAGAUAUUAAUAUAUCAGAUACAGAUUGAAUCCCCUCGGAAUUCAACACAGUGCAAUGAAGCUACGUAAUUUACUACUUCGCAUUCUGUUAGGAGCGGUUGGUCUGCUGGUGUUCAACGAGUUUAUCGUUUACUAUCUGGUGUUGCUCGAGUGUCAAUGGCCUACCAAACCAGUUCCAGUAAAUGGGCUAGAACCGGUGAAGGUAAUGCUGCUAUCGGAUACUCAUCUUUUGGGGCCGAUCCACGGCCAUUGGUUCGAUCGGCUGCGUCGCGAGUGGCAAAUGCAUAGGGCAUUCCAAUCAGCAAUGACAUUGUUCCAGCCGGAAGCGGUUUUUCUGCUGGGUGAUGUUUUUGACGAAGGGAACUGGGUUAAUCAGAAGGAAUUCGAUUUGUAUGUCGAUCGAUUCAGGAAGUUGUUUCACACACCUAAAGGCACUCAACUCCACAGCAUUGUCGGUAAUCACGACAUUGGUUUUCAUUAUGCCACCCAUCCGUACUUGGUCCAUCGAUUCCAGAAAAACUUUAACAACACUGGCGUAUCACUGACCAGCAUUCGAGGAGUAAACUUCGUUUCUAUUAAUUCCAUUGCUAUGGAGGGAGACGGUUGCCAGCUGUGCGAAACAGCCGAAAAGGAACUGCGUGCCGUAUCGGCGAUUUUUAAAUGCGGUCGCGGCAUCGGUCAAUGCAAGAAUGUUCCCAAGCUGGAGGAAUACAGCCGUCCGGUAGUGCUACAGCAUUUUCCCAUGCACCGUGACUCGGACAAGGCUUGCAAGGAGCAUGAUGCCCCGGAGGUUGAGCUCUACCGAGAACGGUGGGAGGUGAUAUCAAAAGAAUCGACUGAUCUCAUUGGUGAGCUGCUCAAUCCACGGUUGGCAUUCAGUGGUCACUCGCAUAACUAUUGCUACGUGGUAAAGAAUCGAUUGGGAAUCGAGGAAUACACGCUGCCAUCAUUCAGUUGGAGGAACAAAAAUAAUCCCAGCUUUAUACUGGCCCAAAUAUCUCCCUCAGAGCAUACCGUGUCACGCUGUCAAAUGCCGGUGGAAAGCUCCAUUAUCACUAUCUAUCUGGUGGGUGCGAUAGUCCUGGUGCUUACUUCCCUCUUACGGCUGGGAAGCUUUUUGGCACAGUUGCGAAUAUUCUCCCGGGGAAGGCGAGAAUAUAAGAAGCUCACUAAAUAGAGUGCGCUCCCCGUAUGGCACAGCAAGAACAAAGUGAAAGGCAUGAGACUUGGAACAAAUUUGUUCAGAACAUUGUUAGAAUAGUGGAACCGUAAAGAAACUUAACUGCGGAAUUCGACCGAUUUCCAACCGAAGGCACUGUUAAUAAGCUCAAAGGAGUAAUAAUGCAUACAUCAAAAAUUUUAAUUUUAAAAUAAGAAUAAUGUCAUUCGAGUGUCUAAUAGUUAUAGGAAAUUAAAGUUGUAAAUAAAUAGAAUGCU